AAAUGUCUCAGGGCCUGUGACCGUUUCCCGUUACUUCGUUCUUUGCAUGCACCUCAUGCACAGUUUGCUGCAUGGUUCGGAAAUUGAACCUUUUGCCUUUGAAGUGACUGUCGUCGUGAUAGUUCAGGACAGGAUGUUCAUGGUGCCUAACUAACCUUAGCUCCACUGCCUGUCGCUUGUUUUGAGUGACACGACAGGCAGCGUCGCAGGAGAAGACUUUCUUCGUUUCGGCAUCGAAUUCCGAAAUGAGCAUUUCGUCGAAGCGUCGAGCAGCAUCACCGAAGUCUAGUGAUGCCACAUCUAACGGACACAGCACAUUGGCAAACAUGAAAGAUUCACAGAUGCCUGUGUUUGGAGCACCGCGAAAGGUUAAUCGGCGCGAUGACAAGAUUAGUUCUUUCGCCAUGGAAGUAUUGGGUGACUUUCCCCAAGGCAAGCCACCGACCAGUUCUGACCUGGGAGCUAUCUUCACGCACACGCCAGCAAAGAAGUCCUCUGCCACGGAGGCGUUUUCCGUUGGCGAGCCCACGUCGCGCGGCUCGUUUGCCAACCACACGAACGGCUCCGUUGACGCCAUGCGAGGUACCGAGGUGGCCUCCAACGGCCACGGCCGAAAGAAGGGAGAAAAGCCGAGCUCGUCGAAGCCAUCUGCAUCUAGCGGCAGCGGCUCCAAGGCCUCUGCCUCAGCGCCAUCUGCAGCCGUGGGCAAAUCCACUGCUGAUUCUGUUGCACACAGUGCAAGCAACAGCAGUUUGAUUGACAAGCGGCGGCGUGUGUCCGCUGCCGACAAGCACUCUUCCAAACUAUUUAGUGUGCAGCAGCUGGCCGGCAAGGAGCUGCCCAGACCGCCCAAGGAUCAGGGCCAGGCAAGGAAGCCCAAGGUUAUCAUUGGUCGUGGAGCCGGAAAGAACAUGAGCCUGUAUGACAGACCCAUAGACAGUCCCGAGCCGCACAAAACACCCAUCAAAAGUACCAAGGCGCGCGUAAAAGCCAUCUUCGAGGAGAUGGGCAAGGGCAAGAGUAUGGAGACCAUCACACGCCUGGCCAGCACUCCUAUCAAGCGUGAGCCCAGCAUCAAGGCCCUCGGACAUGCGGACAUCUCCAACCUGCAGGGAAUGGCUGAUGAGCUAGUUAACGACACCCUACCGCAAACCAAUGGCAUCCAGCCAGCAACUGGCGUGCGUAAGCAUCAUCGCCUCAGCGCAUCCUCCUCGUCCUCCUCUGAGAAUAACAGCAGCGACAGUGACAGCGAUAGCAGUGACAGCAGCUCGGAUUCGGACAGCAGUAGCGAUAACAACUCCAGCAGCUCGGACAGCGAGGCUGAAGCUGAGAACAGUAAUGCGUCUAUAGCGGCACCGCGGGAUGUAUGUACUAAGGAAGUCGUCGCCGGAGCUGAGGAGGAACCGCCACCGCUAACCGCUGCCGUUGCGCCAUGCCCCAAACCUGUUCUACCGCAACCGCCAAAGCCAGUAGCCAUUGUUCCACCUCGACAAUCCACGUCAUCUGCUCCAGAAACGGACUCCGUUGCUGCCGACGAUGAAAAGGAUGCAGAAGAGCAUGGCACCAAAGAGCUUCCAGUACCGGUGACUGUUGCUGCUGGUGGCGGUAGCCGCCCUGUUAGCAUUGCUUCUGCCAUCGCUUCUCACCGUCUGAGCGAGUCGUCAGAGCACCUCUCCCCGUUGCUGUCGCAUGCUGCCGAGGAGCAUCUGUCACUGGAGCUGGCCUGUGGUGAGAUGAGUCCGAUGUCAAUGAACUUCGCCGGCCACGCUCAGAGCAAUCCGCUUUCGCUCGAGCUCAAGGAUGGGCCAGCUAGUGGUGAUCUCUCGCUGCAAGUGAAGAGUGAUGCCGGCGGCGGCGGGGGCGGUGGUAGUGACGAUCCUCUGGGCUUAGAUCUUGGCCCGGUCUUGCCCGGCCUUGGCAAAGAUGACCCGUUGUCCCUGGAAAUGGAUGACUUCAUCCGUGAGCCUCUUUCUCUGGAGGCCGAUGCUGACGUCACUGCCGCUGCUGCUUCCAUGCAUAUUCCAAUCACCAGUAGUGGCAAGCUGGCUGCCAUGAGGAACUCUCGCGACAGCAUUCACGACGAGCUUCUGGAGUCGGCCAAUGAACUUCCGGACUUGGCCAAGACGCAUAACCUGGAUGAUCUGUCCGAGUCUCUCACGUUUUGUGCUGAUGGCUCCUCCGCUGCUGUGUCACCUGAACACCACCAGUCUGAUCUCCUCACUGCCGACCAGGCAACGGUUAAGGAUGUGCCACCGCCACUCGAUGCCAGGAAGUCGGCGCAAGCCGUCGAUAAGGAGAAAGCAGACCAGCCGGCCAGCAGUUUCCCACCCCAAUGUUCACCGCGAAAUUCCGCCGCGGACGUGCGCGACAAUUCUGUUGAUCCGCACAGCGUGCUUGAUAAGGCAACACCGACGUCAAAGGCUGACUCACACACUGCACUAUUCACGUCUUCUACACAGCCGCACCCUGUAGCGAAACCUGCUGAAGAAGAGGCAAGGGAGCCAGCCGUGGAAUCCUCCACUAGCAAGGAUCACCAGUCAACAGCUUCUAGCAGCUUAGCAGGUAUGGGUAAAUCAGAAUCGGCUGGCAGUCCAUCUCAGGCCAAGUCUGGCAUCCACCCCUCGACAGCAAGUCCUUCUCACAAGGCCAAGGCGGAUAGCUCUGCAGCGGGAAAUGCACUUAGCACGCCUGCGGGUAAGCAGGGUUCAACAACGGCAGCCUCUAGUAUUUCUGCUGAGUCAGCAGAACCUGCCUCGGUGCCCAGCACCAAAGUAGUCAACGAUCAUCUUAUCAUGAAGAGCACGAAGCGGAAACGCAGCGAGUCCUUGGCCAGCUCGGAGGACGGUGGCAUGCCUGGUGAAGCCAAGCAGCUGUGCACAGCGCCGAGCGUAGCAGCAACAUCAGCUCCUCCGCCUGAGCGUGCAAGUGAACGCCCAGAUUCGCGGCCUGAGCCGGAUGCACCGGCUCACAAGCAAGCGGACGCGGCGCCAGACCCCAAGCUUGCCGACCGUCCAGUUGAUUCCCCUGACCAGGAGGUCACCAGCACAGUAAAAGCACUACCAGAGAAUUUAGACUCUGCUAACACCAGCAUCGGUAGCAGUAGUGGCAAUAGCAGCGGUCGACAUAGCCCUGAGAAACGUUCUAGGUCGUCGCAGCAGCAGCAUCGUUCGCCAUCUCCAUCGGCCAGCAGGAGCCAAGCGUCGUCACCUACUAACCGACACUCACCCAAGCGUGCUCACACCCGCGGCCGUUCCCGAUCACCAGGUAGAUCCUGGACGCCCAACAUCUCCCGUACGCCACCGCCCUCACACUCUCCAGGACGGUCGCGAUCACCUCGUGGCAGCAGCUCGCGCAAGCGCAUGUCCCACUCGCCGCACACGUACUCGCGCACUAGAAGGUCGUACUCCCCGCGCCAAGACCGUGAUCGCGAGCACCACCGGGCUCACGACAAGCGUGCCCGGAGUCCUCUUCGCAGUGGUGAUAGAGAGCGUGACCGUGACAGGGACAUGCGCCGUCAUGCCAUUGAUCGCGAUAGGGACUAUGAGCGAGAUGAGCGUGACCGUGAUCGAGAUCGUUACGACCGCGAGCGCCACGACCGCCCUGGCGGCAGGUACGACAGAGAUCGGGAGCGCGACCGUGACGAUCGCGAGCGCGAUCGCGACCGAUACGACAACAGCGACCAGAGGGAGGCGGAUAGAAAACGCCACGCCGCACUGGAAAGCAAUCAGAAGGCACCAGCUGAGCACGGUGGCGAGCGAAUCACCGGCGCCCCCACCGCCUAUCCAACUAGCAGUGUAACCACCGGGGAUGAUGCGAAGACCCUACAGGUUUGCACGCACACUCGCACGCCUGGUUUACUAAGCAUUGCCACGCGCCAGCGGCGACUUCAGAGCUUCAGAGACUGGCUGGCCGAGGCGAAGCGUCUGAAGCACAAAGGGGACAACGUCAACAUCCGCAACAUGCGAGCAGGCACCUAUGUGGAGUCUGCCAUCUGCUUCAUCAAAGCUGGACUCUUGUUGGAAUCUGUGGAUAGCAGCGAUGACAAAAACCGGCCCGUCAGGAUCUACACCGAUACAUUACAGCUUCUUCAUUUCCUGAAUCUAGUUCCCGAGCCAUCAAAGAAGGGUAUGGGUGUCUGGAAAUCGUCCAAGGAGCUCGGCGCGAUCGUGUUUCGCUGUCAGUCUGUUCUCUCGUUUCACUGCAUGAUGCUUCUAGAAGACAAGAUGCUACGCCACCACAAGGUGUUGAACGACUCCCUUGCUCAGGUGGGAAAGAACCAGCCAGCAGCCUCGCAAGCCUUCUCGCCUUUCACCCAGAACAACUCUCCGGCACUGUCUCCCGGGGUUUCAUCACUUCCAGCCAGCCAGGACUCCGGCGUGUCCGGACUGUCGGUUUCAGCCAGUGGCUCGCAGGUUCCAAGCCCUGACGAGAAAUCCUUUACCGGCGGUCUGCAAAACCAGCCGCGCAUAGUGCAGGAAGGUGUGGCGCUCUGCCAUGAUAUGAAGCUGAGUCUAAACAUGUUACGCUGCUGGAGACGGAGUGAGGAGCUCAUCGCCGACUGUGCUGGUUUUUUCGAUGGCCUUGAGCAAGAUUCCUACAAGAUUUCACUUUCAAGUCCUCUCUUGCCAACAUUGGAGUGGGCAUACCUGGGUGUUCGCCGUCUGCUGCGCCCAGCAAAGUCUUCAUGAUUGCGUCAGGCUUACGGUAACCUGUUGGUGAUGUUGAUCUGCCAGGGGUACUGUGCUGGGGAUCUGCCAGGGGUACUGUGCUGGGGAUCUGCCAGGGGUACUGUGCUGGGGAUCUGCCAGGGGUACUGUGCUGGGGAUCUGCCAGGGGUACUGUGCUGGGGAUCUGCCAGGGGUACUGUGCUGGGGAUCUGCCAGGGGUACUGUCUACGUACCUGCUGGCUCUUACAUUGUAUGUUUGGCUCUAUCACACUGUCACACGCUCAUGCUCUUCACUGCUUCACUUAGCCUGUAUUGUGCGCAGCCAUGCCGUUGCAUCAUUUUGGUCACCUUGCUCUGUGUGUGUGUGUGUGUGUGUGUAUGUGUGUGUGUAUGUGUGUGUGUGUGUGCACGUGUGCAUGUCUGAGAGAGAGAAAGAGGGAGAUUUGUUUACUAGUAUCACGAUUAAACACUGGGGUCCUCAACUCUCUAGUUGUCAUCAAGUCCUAUUUUGUACAGUUUUUUGCCGCAAUUCAUACUUUCAUACUUUAAAAAAGGUUCCACCACUCUUAGUUUUUAGGUUAUCUCCCACUUUUCUCCAGCGUGUGUUGAUGAAUGUUCUCUGCCUUUGAGAUGCUAAUCAUAUUGACAAAAGUUAUAAACAGUAUCAUCGGCUCUGCUCCCGAGCAGCAUUCAAUCAGAUCAUGUUGCAAGGUGCAUUUUUUGCUGCAGAGUUUUAGCAGUUUCCAUUGGUUCCUUCUGCAUGUUUCAACAUCUUUUUCUCCGUGUAUUCUCUCCAUUCUCCGGCAGGAUUCUUUUUUUAUCUUGGCAGCAUUAUUAUAACCAUUUUCAUCUCUCUCUCCUUUUUUGAAAUUCCCGAUUUUAGCUGAGUGUUUUUUUGUUGUGGCCAGCACCAUAACCUCCUUUUACCACUAGCAGGAUUCCUUUCCAUGUAGUGCGCUCAGCGGCAGCCUUGGUAGCACAGCAAGGAGUGUCUCCAUUCCUUCCACUGCAACCUAGACAGCGGCGCAUCAGCAUCUGGGUGCGUGUUACGUCGUCGGCCGAUGGCCGCCCGCAGCGUGCUCUUCACCAGCCAAUGUCAAUGCUCUGCGUUCCCAGUUUUAAUCGUCUUUUAAUUGGAGUUGGCUUGUUUUCCCAUGCUUCUCACUUCCUGCACUCGCCUUUUCACCACUUUCCAUGCACAGCUCUUGCUUCUACUGAUUUUAUGGCUCUCUUUUUUCUGCCGCUGCUGCUUGCUGCUGCCGCCGCACACCAACAUGACGUAUGAGUGAGGAAAUGAUGAGCAUUAUCCCGGUGCCGACCUGCCGU